UGCAAAGUCAUACCUAGCUCAGGCACGAGGGUAUAUAAGUUCACGGACCACCUCCACUUAAGAUUUGCAACACCGAUUCCCCUCCCCCACUUCAAGACCUCCCUCCAACGUACCGUACUUAUACGUUCGAAGUCUCAGCUGUACGAACCUAAUCGAGAUACUCUGAAUUCCUCAUUCAAGUCGUCAAUAUGGCUACUCCUACUGAUAUUACCUUCGAAAAUUACAAUGGCAGCUGGACGAUGGAUCGAACCAUCUCCGACCCUACCGACCCUAUCCUCGCCAUGCAAGGCCUAAGCUGGUUCAUGCGCACAACCUUAGCUUGGGUAACUAUAACGCUGAACACAAAACAAUACCAAGACGCCGAGCAUCCCGACGACAAGACAAUUCAGCACAUUGACGUCGACAACAUCGUGACUGGCGGUGUCCAAGGAACCAGUGAGGCCCGCGUGACGGAUUGGAAGAAGCGCGAGCACAGCGAUACGAUCUUCGGCCGCGUGGAGGGUCAGUCGCGCCUCAUCCGCGGCUCUGCGAAGGACGGUAAGGUGAGGCCAGAUGUGGAUGUUUGCACGAGAAUCCAGGAUGAGAAAAUCGGGCGUUUUCUGCGAGGCGAGAUUGGUGCGGAUGGAAGCGAGACGGAGGGGUUCCUUGUUGACCCUGCGGGUGAGGGAUUUGGUGAGGGAGAGGGCCUUUGGUUACAGAGUUGGGUGGAGAGUGUGGAUUCGACUUGGACGGCUGAGCAGAUUUGGGGCUUUGAGACGAUUAAUGGCCAGCGCUACCACACUCGUCGGGUAGUCUGCGCCAAUAACGGCGAAUAUGUCCUUGCUAGGCUAGUGUAUACCUUUGUUCCUCCCCGGAAUGAGGACGAGGACAUUGCUUACUAGGCUGGUCACGACGAGUUCUAUGUAUAGGUGGAUUCUCACUUUAGAGUGAAUAAACUCUGUGAUAGCGUUAUAUUUCGCAGUCUCGAAUUUAUAAACUUCGACUUGGGUAAGUUAAGUUUUUUCAGAGAACUGAUGAUAUAGAACCACGGGAAUCGCCGAAUAACUACAUAUAGAAUAGAACAAAGCAGUCAAUUGGUCAUCAUGCAUAACCUAUCCGAAGCACCGUAUAACAUGAGAUCCAUUGGCUUUUUUGGACUUAUGAGUGUGUAGGCAUCACAACAUGAGCCUUAGUACUGACGGCAUCCUCAGCGCGCCACAAGCUCGUCACUGUCUUCUGCUGGGUGUAGAACUGGAGACCAGGCUUGCCAUAGAAAGUGUUGGCACCACCACCGGCAAUACUC